ACAUACAUGCCGCAUUUGUAAACACGACUGGAUUCCUGCUUUGUUCUGUUCGCUAUUUUUGUUUGGUUUAUAUAGUACUAAUUUGUAUGAAAACAGAGAUGGAGGUGGCACCAGCUCGACCUUAUUUUUUCGGUGACAUUGGUUUCUGGGCAGAGAGGACAGAAGUUCAUAAGGCUGCAUAUCAGGGUCAGGUGUCUGUGCUGCAGAGUUUAAUUCAGAGUGGAGCUUCAGUCAAUAUUGUGGCAGUAGACUCUAUCACCCCUCUCCAUGAGGCUGCUACACGUGGACAAACACAGUGUGCGAGACUCCUGCUGGAUGCAGGGGCACAGGUUGAUGCAAGGAAUGUGGAUGGCAGCACUCCGCUGUGUGAGGCAUGCUCCAUUGGGAACUUUGAGUGUGUGAGGCUUCUUCUGGAGUAUGGAGCAAAAGUUAACCCAACCCUUACCUCACGGACAACCUCCCCUCUACAUGAGGCCUGCAUGGGAGGUAAUGAAGAUUGUGUAAAGUUAGUGAUUGCUAAAGGAGCCAGUCUGGAGGCCUAUGACCUGUACUAUGGUACCCCACUACACGUAGCAUGUGCCAGCCAACACCUGGAGUGUGUCAAGGUGCUACUGAAUGCAGGUGCGCGAGUGAACGCUGCUAGGCUGCAUGAGACGGCCUUGCACCACGCAGCAAAGGCCAACAAUGUGGACAUGAUUGAGCUGCUGGUGGAGUUCGGGGCCGACAUUUAUGCCAGAGACAAACACGAUAAGAAGCCAGUCGACUACACAAGGUUGAACACGCCAUCUGCACACUGCCUUCGGCAUUGUGAAAGUAAUCCUCUGUCUCUGCAGCAUUUGAGCCGUAUCACUCUUAGGACAGUUCUGGGCACCAGAGCUCUGGACGUGGUGACCAAACUCAACAUUCCAAACUGUAUUAUUAGUUAUCUCUUAUACCAAUGAAAUCCUCACGCCAAGACACUGUGGAAAGAUGGAACUCUUAGAGCUUUUUACCUCAUCUGCACAAAAAAUGUGAACAACAACAAAUAUAAGUAGUAUCAGCACUUUACCGCAUUAAAGGUGACGAUAUAUAUAGAGAGAUUUUUUUCGAUAUUACAAUACUUUCUCCUAUCCCAGUUUAAUGUGCUGAGACAACUUGUAAGCCUUUCAUCGGUUGAUUUCCCAAAGAGUGUAAACACUGUUCUGUAGCAAUAUCAAAACAUUGCUAUGUUUGUUUGAGCAGACUGACUUGUCGACAUCUGGCUCAACCCAUGUGUGAGUUUGGGGAAGGACUUCAUGUUGGACUGAAAACUAGAACAUUUUUGGGAAACUAGUUUGGAAACAAUCAUUAUUUUUAAUUACACGCUUCAUGUUUAAGUAAUUGAAGCACAAUAUAUUAAAAUAGUAUGUAGGAAAUUUUAAAUUCCUACACAUGAGUUCAGUAACUCAGCACUUCUCAACAAAGCACUCUGGCAUUGAAUGUAAGAUAUGUUGUUCUAAUGCAUUCCUACUGUAAGGUGAUUUUAAAGGAAUUUAGUACAAGUUACACUCGAUCAACAGCAUUUAUGGUGUAAUGUUGAUUGCAACAACAUAAAAAAAAAAAAAAAUGGUUUUAAUGGUUGUUUUAGGGUUCACGGUAUUAGGUCGUAAGCAAAAAUAAGGUUAGUACGUUGAAAAUGUUAAAAUGCAUAUUGUGUACGUCUUGUGGCCAUACAUUUGAAACGGUGUGUAUUUUAACAUAUACAGAUAGACCCCUAUUCACUUUCACUGUAAGUGCCACACUGCAGCCCAGAUAUUUAUUUAUUUUUAUUUUAUUAAGAAAAGGAUGGAUAAGUUAAAAUAUUUGCGUUGAGAAAAUAUCACUCUUAAUCUGGCAGCUGUCCAGGACCUGCUCUGACCAUUAAGUGAAGUCCAGGAAAACAGCAGUAAAUUAGUCGCUCUGACGACAGACUCUUUGCACGAGCACAACACUCAAUAGAGUGGUUAUGAGCAUGUGAACAUCUGCAACUAUCCUCUCCAGAUGUCACAAUGAGAUUUCAUUCAUUGUACAGUAGGUGAACACACCGGCUUAGGCAAAGCGCUAAACUGAGCAUCUAUUACAGGGGUGCUAUUGCACAGGCAUGGGAGCGGCUGCCAUGCAUAUUAUGACAAGCACCUGGAGUUACACCACUGUUGUUGCACAUUAAUUGUCUGUGCUUCAAAGUAGUGAUGCCAUGGUUACAUGAUUUCAGCGGUGACAAGAAGCCAAUGUAGGACAGUGUUUUUCUGUAGAAUCUGCUGCAAUAGCUCUCUCAUUUCUUGCAGUGUGUUUUCUAGCAUUUUACCAUCUAUAGUAGAGACUCAUCAUUUACUCACCUUCAUGUCAUUCCAAACCCAUAUGACAUACUCUCUUGCCUGGAACACAAAAAUACAUUUUAGAUUAGUCUGUCACCAUUCACUUUAAUUGCAUCUUUUUCCCUACUUUGAAAGUGUAUGGUGACUGUGUAUGGUGUAUGGCUGUUAGUCCGUAACAUGUGCCUAUGUGUUACACUGAUGAAAGAGGGUUUGGAGAAUAAAAGUACAUUUUCACUUUUGGGUGAACUAUACCUUUAAGCAACUGUGUGUUCCCUUACUUUGCAACUGUUCAUACAGUUCACAUCGCUGCUAUUUUAUCUUUGGUCAGGUUGUCUGAGUGGAAAAUGUAUGUAAGUCUGUGGUGUUAUUGGUUAAUAUUUGUCCCGCCCAUGCGGCCUUGGUUACAUCAGCAAAAAAAAUAAAAUAGUCAGUUUUGAGGCAGAGAAAUUUUUACGUUUUGAUUAAAUAGUAUAAAAACAAACAUACUUUAGAAUAAUUUUCAUUGAUACCAGGUACUUUCACUAAAGAGUCAACUUUAGUAUCAACAAGUUGAUUUUAGGUUGUAUUUAAUUUAUUGCAAUACAAUAUAUGAGAACUUGCAAUUUAGGUUUAUCACCACAAAAUAUAUUUUGUUAUGCAUUUAUGGAACCUUCCUCAUGCCAGACAGAGUUAAAGCAAUUUGUUCCAGUGACUCUUUCUUGAAUUUAUCUUUAAGCUGCUCAUUCAGUCAGAUAUUUGUUUCCUAAUUGAUUUAAGUGUGUCAGAGAUUAGUUUUGCUAGUUUGACCCUCAGUUUGCAAAGUUCUCUUUAUCCAUCUGACUCCUGUACAUCCCAUUUUCCUCCUCCGGCUUCUUAUGAAGUACAGAAUGUUCUAUAAAUAGUCAGGCAGUCCAGAAAUAAAACACGAUCCAAGUGCUUGUGUUUUUUGAGCUGGAAAAUGAGUUCCUCUUCCUGUGCACUUAUCCAGAGCCCAUGAGCGCUGAAUCAGACCUUAAAAACUGAGCAGAGAGGGAGGCCAGGAAUGUUGUUAUUAGAGCUAAAUGAUUUUCUGAAAUUAAACUUACUGAGACAGGACAGUUGCUAUUGAAAGAAUGCCACCUUUUCCUUUUUUAUUAGCCCUCAUCUUAAAAACAACUGCCUUAAUUGUUUGAACCAAACUAGAAUUCUGGGAUGUUCUAAAGAACUCAAAAUGUUUUGAUGUGCAUGGCUGGCUGCCUGGAUUGUUGUUGUUUUGGUUAGUUAUUCCAUGGCUUGAAUUCUUUUCACACAAGCUAGGUUGUACAUAGUAUUAUAAUAAA